AGAGGUGAGGGUCCAGCUAUCGGUAUCGACCUUGGAACAACUUACUCAUGCGUUGGUGUUUGGCAACAUGAUCGUGUUGAGAUCAUAGCCAAUGAUCAAGGAAACAGAACGACGCCGUCAUGUGUUGCUUUUACCAACACCGGGCGUUUGAUUGGUGAUGCUGCCAAGAACCAGGCUUCUAUGAACCCCAUCAACACUAUUUUUGAUGCAAAGCGAUUGAUCGGCAGGAAAUUCAGUGAUGCUUCAGUUAAGAGUGACAUGAAGCUAUGGCCUUUCAAGGUACGUCGUGGUCCUGGGGAUAAGCCAAUAAUUAUGGUCAAUUACAAGAAUGAAGAAAAGCGAUUUGUUCCUGAGGAGAUAUCUUCAAUGGUUCUUGUUAAGAUGCGUGAAAUAGCAGAGGCCUACCUCGGAACAACUAUAAAGAAUGUUGUUGUUACUGUUCCAGCCUACUUUAGUGACUCUCAACGCCAAGCCACAAAGGAUGCUGGUGUUAUUGCCGGGAUGAAUGUUAUGCGUAUCAUCAAUGAGCCUACAGCCGCUGCAAUUGCAUAUGGCUUGGACAAAAAGGACAGCACUCUUGGUGGGAAGAAUGUUCUUGUUAUCGAUCUAGGUGGUGGUACUUUCGAUGUGUCCCUUGUCAAAAUUGAAGAGGGAAUUUUUGAGGUGAAAUCUACUGCUGGAGAUACCCACCUUGGGGGAGAAGAUUUCGACAAUAGAAUGGUGAACUAUCUUGUACAAGAGUUUGAGAGGAAGCACCAAACUGAUAUUUGCAAUAACCCCAAAGCAUUGAGAAGGUUGAGAACAUCUUGUGAGAGAGCAAAGAGACUUCUUUCUUCAACUGCUCAAACCACCAUCGAGAUCGAUUCUUUAUGUGAUGGUAUUGACUUUGUUUCUAAAAUAACCAGAGCAAAAUUUGAGGAGCUCAACCUGGAUCUUUUUACAAAGUGUUUGGAGUGUGUCGAAAAGUGUUUGACGGAUGCUCAAAUGGAUAAAAGCAUUGUUGAUGAUGUUGUUCUUGUUGGUGGAUCUACUAGAAUUCCAAAGGUACAAGAAGUAAUACAGGACUUCUUUAACGGUAAGGAGCUUUGUAAGAGCAUCAAUCCUGAUGAAGCAAUUGCAUAUGGCGCGGCCAUACAAGCUACAAUUUUGAACGGUUCCAUUGAGAAGGUUCAAGACUUGCUCUUAUUGGAUGUCACUCCGCUUUCCCUUGGUUAUGAGCGUGAUGCAGGAGAUAUGGUUAUUGUCAUCCCAAGAAACACUACCAUUCCGACCAAAAAAGUAAAGAUCGGCACAACCGUCUGUAAUCAUCAGAAAGAAGUAUUGACUAAGGUAUAUGAGGGUGAAAGAAUAAUAGCUCAAGAAAACAAAUUGUUGGGUCAAUUUGUGCUCUCAGGCCUCCAACUAGCUGCAAGGGGUGUGCCUGAAAUCCUUGUUUGCUUUGAGAUUGAUGCCAACGGAAUUUUGAUUGUCUCUGCCAGGGACAAAAAAACAAGGCAGCAGAAAAUGAUGACAAUCACAAGAGACAAUUACAGGUUAUCCAAGUGGGAAAUUGAGAAGAUGGUCAAGGAGGCAGAGAAGUACAAGUUAGAGGAUGAGGAAUUCAAAAAUAAAGUGGAGGCUAAAAUGGCAUUGGAAAACUAUGCAAAUGACAUGAGGAACACAGUUUCUCAUCUCCCAAAGCUCGAGCUCGUGGACAAGAAGAAAAUUGGGAAUGCGAUUAAACAGGCAAAACGGUGGCUCAAUGAAAACCAGCUUGCUAAAUUUGACGAAUAUAGGGAUCAGACGAAACGGCUAGAGAACAUUUGCAAUCCCAUUAUUGCCAAAGCCAGGGGUGAUGGGAGUGGCUAA